UAUGGUAAAAAUCUAACGGCCUUUAUGAAUUUUGAUAAUACAAAUAAUUUUAAGAUUUCAAAACAUUUCAUGUUAUGAAAGUAAUUAUUAUUUUAAUGUUUUUAUCGUAAGUUUUCUUGAGCUUCUGUCAAAUUAUUUUUUAUUUAUAUAGUUGUAUCCAUUCUACAUUUUCAAGAAAAUUUAGGUUGUAAAAUAAUACAUUUUAAAAAUGAAAUCGUCUCGUUCUUCGUCCUCCAGAAAUACUAGGAGAAAUGCUAGAAGAUUUAUGUCUGAAUCGUCUGAGGAUAGUGAAAAUGAUUACUCUUCAAAUAGUAUUCAGAUGGAUAGUGCUCGAGCAGAAAAAUUAUUUUCUCAUCGAAGACUUCCAAACUCUAUGUCUAAUAAUAAAAAAAAUCAACCUAAUCACAUUGAAGCUAAUAGAACUUUAUUUAGAGUUUCUGAUUCUGACACUUCUGAUUCGAUAUCACAGAGCAACAGUGCAAUAGACAAAAAAUUAUGUAAAAAUCAACAAAAAACUAAAAAACAUUUUGAUGAAACUAAGAAUAGUAAUUAUGAUAUUUUAAAUGGCUUUAGUGUAUCAAAAAAUAACUCUGCUUUAGUAGACUCUGACUUGAGCGUUAAAGAUUAUUCACAAGAAAAAUAUGUAGAUAGAUUAAUUCAAUCUGCUUCGGAAAAUAGCACAGAUAAUGAUUCCAUUCUUAAACUGCCUAAAAUGCUUAGAAAUCAACGGAGAAUAAUAGAUUCAAGUGAAGAGAGUGAUGUGGCUACAGAUAUUAAAAAAAAUCAAACAAAUCACAUUGAAGAUCAUAGAUCUUUAUUUAGUGUUUCUGGUUCUGACACUUCUUAUUUAUCAUCACAAAGUUAUAGUUUAAAAAACAAAAAAAUAUCUAAGAAUAAAAAAAAAGCUGUAAAAGAGUUUGAUGAAACUUCUGAUAGUAAAAUAACUAAUGGUGUGAAUACUUCAGAUAAAUCGAUUAAUGAAUUUAUGCAUAAACCAAGUAAUCAUGAUUUUGUCAAGUAUAGAAAUAUAUCAUUACGAAGUGAUGAUGAAGAAUCAAAAAGUAGCAAUUAUAAUAUUUUUAAUGACUCUUGUGAAUCAAAACAAAAUUCAGCUUCAGUAGACUCUGAUUUAAGUGUUGGAAAUGAUUUACAAGAAAAAUAUGUAGAUCAAUCAAUUCACUCAGCUUCAGAAAAUAGCACAGAUAAUGAUUCCAUUCUUAAAUUGCCUAAAAUGCUUAAAAACCGACCACAUCAAGUUCUAGAAUCAAGUGAUGAAAGUGAUGUAGUAACUGGGCAAAAUACUGUUAUAAAUGAGACUAAAAUAAUUCAGGAAUCAGAAUCUGAUGAGGAUAUAAUAAAUUCAUCAAAGGAACUUUAUCCAACACCCAUGAAAGCAAAUCAUGAAAAAUCUCAACUUGAUAUAAAAUUAAAAGAACUAUCUUUGAUUGAAUCUAGUGAUGAUGAUAGUGAUGCAUCUAAUCAUUAUAAAUCAAAUAUUGCAUCUUCAAAUCAAAAUCUGUCAUUUUCUGAUGAGAUAAAAAUGUCAAAUACCUCACAUUUUUUACAUGAGCCUUUAUCUCAUAGUAGUAUUUUAGUAAAUCCAUCAAAUGUCCAAAAGUACAAACAAAGUAUGGAACUGAUUACUUUAGAUACUGAAAGUCCAAUUGUUCAAAAUCCAAAAGAAUUCUCUCUAAAACAAAAGAACCCCAUAAUUAUUGAUUUAACUAAAAAUAAUUCAGAUUCAGAUUCUUCCAUAAUAUUGUUAGAUGAUAAUUCAUCUAAAAAUCCAAAAAAACUAACUAAUAAUGAAGCUAACUCUUUAAGAAUGGAGAAAAAUAGAUUAGAAGAUAUUAUAAGACAAUUUAUGAAAAAUAUUGAUAAUAUGAAGAAUACUAUGAAAGUCACAAAUUUACAUUUAUUACCUGAUGGAGGUCUUAGAUUAAAACAAGCUAUUAAAAAAGAAGAGACUGCAUUAAAAGAUACUAAAAUACAAUUAAAUAAUGUACUUACAAAAUUAAAAGAAUUCUCAGAUGAAUUUUCAAACCAUUUAAAUGAGCCAAAAUUACCACCAUUACUUGGUUUAAAUCCUCUGAAAUCAUUUAAUUGUAAUGAUGCACUUAUAAAAAAAGCUGCUGCUAAUAUUGAUAUUAAGGCAAUGGGCGACAAAGCUUUAAGUGUUUAUCGUACACAACAAACAAUGACAUUAGAUGUAUUACAAAGUUUACAUAAUUCAUUAAAAACAUGUCCAACUACUGAUAUGUUGGCUGAUGAUCCACUUGGACUGAAAGUAGAACUUAUGGAUCACCAAAAAUAUGCUCUAAGUUGGUUAAUGUGGAGAGAAAGUCAAAAACCACAUGGUGGUAUUUUAGCUGAUGAUAUGGGCUUAGGAAAAACAUUAACAAUGAUAUCAUUAAUUUUAAAAGCUGAAGCAGAAAAGAAACAAGAACAUUUUGAAACAGACGACUCUGACCGUGGUGUUAUUAAAGGAGGAACUCUUAUUAUAUGUCCAUCAUCAUUGAUAAAUCAGUGGAUAAAUGAAAUAAAAUCAAAGUUAAGUCCGAGAUUAUUAGAUUUUGUUCAACAUUAUGGACCAAAUAGAGAGUCUUCUCCAAGAAGAUUAUCUAGAAAAGAUGUUGUUAUAACAACUUAUCAUGUAGUUAUGUGGGAUCAUAAAAGUCAUCAGCAUACUAGUCCACUAUUUCAAAUAAAAUGGAAACGCAUAAUUCUUGAUGAAGCUCAUACUAUUCGAAAUCCAAAGAGUCAGACCUCAAUUGCAAUAUGCGCAUUGUCUAGUGUUAAUUACUGGGCAUUAUCUGGAACUCCAAUUCAUAAUAAAGAAGCAGAUUUCUAUGCUUUAUUAAAAUUUAUCAAAUGCCAUCCUUUUGAUGAUUGGGCAGUUUGGAAAAGGUGGGUAGGAAAUAAUGAUGAUGCUGGGAAAAAUCGACUUUCUUUAUUGGUAAAGACUUUAAUGUUACGACGAACAAAAGUUGAACUUAGUGAAGCUACAACAUUUAAAUUGCCCUCAAAAACAGUCCAUACUGUUAAAGUUGAAUUAUUUAAAGAAGAAAAAGAAGCCUAUGAAAAAGUUUUACUUUUUUCUAGUAAACUCUUCGCCACCUACUUGUAUGAAAAAGCUGAGAAACAAAAUGCUAUUGGAAAUGCGUAUCCAGUUUAUAACAAAACUAAAUAUUUACAUCAAAAAAAUAUAGAUGACAAUAUAUUUAAAGACUUACCAGAAUUAGAUAAAUUAUUUAGUCAACUGAAGAAUAAUAAUAACAUUCAAGCACAUCAUAUCUUGGUUUUAAUAUUGCGACUUAGGCAACUUUGUUGUCAUCCAUUUCUUAUGAAAAAUAUGUUAGAAAGUGAAAAUCUUAAGGUUGAUGGAAUUCAAGAUACUGGAGACUUAGAAUUAAUAGACAAUAUGAGUCGAAUGUCUAUAGGUAUACCAAGUGUUGAAACUAAGCCACUUUCUAAUAGUAAUCCGAUAUUUGACGACUCAUGGAUCAGUUCUAAGAUAAAAGCUGUUUGUGAUAUGGUCAAGGAAAAAGUACUCCACACAAAUGAUAAAGCAAUCAUUGUAUCUCAAUGGCCAAGUAUGUUACAUCUCAUAGACAAUCAGUUAUCUCAAUACCAAGUUAAAACUGAAUUGUUUAGUGGAGCUGUUCCUGUUCUUCAAAGAAAUAAAAUAGUUGAUGAAUUUAACAAUCUCAAACAUGGUCCAAGAAUUUUAUUACUGUCAUUAACCGCUGGCGGUGUUGGUCUUAAUUUAGUAGCAGCCAAUCAUAUGUUUCUAGUAGAUAUUCACUGGAAUCCUCAACUGGAAGCUCAGGCCUGCGAUCGCAUUUAUAGAGUUGGACAAACAAAACCUGUUAAUGUGUAUAAAUUUAUUUGUUCUAAUACUAUUGAAAGUUCAAUUCAAUCUAUUCAAUCCCACAAACUUCAAAUUGCCAACAACUUAUUUGGUGGUUGCAGUAAUGUUGAAGGAUCCAAGAUUACAUUGGAUGAUCUCAAACAUAUAUUUAAUAUUAAUCCAAAGUUCAAACAAUAAAUUAGGUCAGAGGGAUGAUGUUCAAUGAAAUUUUGCAUAAAUAAAUUGCAUUUUAAUUAGUUGUACGCAUGUUAAUGAUUUUUUUAACAAUAAAAUAUUUUUUCCGUAAAA